CCCACUGUGGUCCAUCUUCAGACUGUUUCCGCACAGGCGCGGACAUUAUUAUUUUCUUUUUGUUCGAAAUGCAACAAACAACCCUAGCCUAGAUUGUCUGCUUUGACGCAAAAUGUUGAUGUAAAUAGUUUGUUUUUAGCUGCGUGGAAAAUGGACAAUGAGAAUUCUCAGAAGGAGUCUGCCUCCAAGAUCGAAACCCCAACUCCAAAAUCCAAAUUCGAGGACUCUCCAGUGUUCAACUUCAUUAACAAUCUCUCUCCCUUUGAGCCAGUCAAGUCCUUCUCCAGUGUUCAGACGUUUAGCUCUCUCAGUUUCACUUCUCCUCCUCCUGUUUUCACCUCUCCUCACCCUACUUUUCACCGAGAGUCCAGAUUCUUUAGAUGUCAGAACUCUGUUGAUCGUUCAAAGGCCUUAGAUUCUAAAGAAGAAGUUGUGGCUGAUGUAGAUCUAAACAAAGAGGCUACUCUGGAAGAUGAUGAAGAAACUUCUUGUGAGCUGCCACAGAUCCUCAGCUCUGACAGCCAAAGUCCUCCUCAUCACGGUGAAGAUAUUGUCACCCAAGUACUCCUACCUCCUCCAGGAGAAGACAACAAUGGCUCGUCUUCAGAGGAUGUCAAAAUGAGGCUCCUGAACAUUCUUGAUGCUCAGGAAGAGAAUGGCACUCCUGGCUCUAGACGUUUGAUGGCAGAUGCAGCUGAGCUUCUAGUGUUUCGGUCUCCCAAUGACUCGGAGGCUUUUACAUGCCUUGUUGAUCAAAUAUCUAGCUCUGAGAGACGUUUCUGCGCUGGUGUCAAGCUGCCAACCCAGCAGCACGAUAUCAUUCCAGCCAAUGGAUCCACCAAUGAUAAUGAACCUUUAGCAGUAGUUCCCAAUCAGCCUGUCUCUAACGUGCACCGUGGUAGCAUGCGAAGACGUUGUCUAGACUUUGAGAUACCAAGGAAGCGGAAGAAGGAUGACGAUGAGCAAACUGUGUCUGACAACAAUAAGGCCGAAUCUUCUUCCUCCAAAUGUGGUCUACCUGGUAUUGGUCUCCAUCUAAACGCCAUUGCAAUGGCCUCAAGGAACACUAAGAUCAGCAUCACGCAUGAGUAUUCAUCAUCUGGAGAGAUUCAAAACACUUUCUCAGGCUCCAUCGCUCCGGUUCACUCCCAAGACACCGUGCCAGAAGCUUUGGAGCAAGCAGAGAGCCAGCCAGGGGAAGAGUCGGCUGUAGAAGAAGCUACCGAGUUGAUUCCGGACAGCCUUCAGAAAAAGAAGCAAGUUCUUGAAGGUGGAGAGGGAGAGUCAUCAUGUAAGAGAUGCAACUGCAAAAAGUCAAAGUGUUUGAAGCUUUACUGUGAAUGCUUUGCUGCUGGGGUCUAUUGCAUAGAGCCAUGCUCAUGUGUUGAUUGCUUCAACAAACCAAUUCAUGAAGACACUGUUUUGGCUACUCGCAAACAGAUUGAGUCCAGAAACCCACUUGCAUUUGCUCCUAAAGUCAUCAGAAACUCUGAUUCCAUCAUGGACACUAGCGAUGAUGCAAGUAAAACUCCAGCGUCUGCACGACACAAGCGAGGCUGCAACUGCAAGAAAUCAAACUGUCUGAAGAAAUACUGUGAAUGCUAUCAGAGUGGAGUUGGCUGUUCCAUAAACUGUAGAUGUGAAGGAUGCAAGAAUGCUUUCGGAAGAAAAGAUGCGUAUUUACAUGCUAUCAUGGAGAGCAAGCAAGAGGAGGAUCACGAAACAUAUGAGAAAAGAACAGCAGACAUGUCGAAAGAGGCCGAGCGGAACCCAAGUUCUGAACAACCUUUAACACCACUGCCACCGUACAAACAUUUGGUGGUUCAUCAGCCAUUUUUGCCUAGGAACAAGCUGCCUCCGACACAGUUCUUCCUCGGCGCCGGUUCGUCCUCUUUUAGAAAGCCAGAGGGUGAGUCAGGGAAUGAGAAGAAGCCGCUUGAAACCGUGAUAGAAGACAAAACAGAGAUUUUGCCUGAUAUUCUCAACACUUCCCCUAUUAAGGCAAACUCUCCCAACAGCAAGAGAGUCUCUCCUGCUCACAUUGGCUCCUCGGAACCGGGCUCAAUCCUAGGGAAGAGAAGUAAUGGCCGGAAGCUGAUAUUACGGUCUAUUCCAGCUUUUCCUUCUCUUAACCCAAAUCAGUGAAACAAGAUAACCAACUAUUUGUAAUGUUUGCAAGGUUCUAAGAUGAUUUCACCUGUUUCAUAACAUCAGCAACAUGUUCUUGACUUCUUGUAAUAUCACAUUCUAGUGUAUGAAAAGCAUCCAAAAAUGGACUUUGAGAAA